CUACUUUCUAUCUAUCUAUUUAUCUACCUAUAUUUUUACUCGUAUCUACUCACAGCGUAACCAAGAAUUGAAAUAGAUAAAUAAACCAUUAAAAAAUAUCAUGUAGAGCAUAAUACAUCCACUCUUCCUUCCCUCUUCUCCCCGCCCUUUGUGAGCCCCGUGGCCCCCUUCCUGUUUACGUUGAUGGUGCUUCGCCAGGACAAGGGUGUUUAUGCUGUCAGGCGUGAAGGAGUGGAAGAACCAUGAACAUUCCCAGAUGUACCGCGUGCCGUACGAUGUGCUGUGGUGCCAGUGCCAGGGCAACGCCAGCGCCAUCCCCCACCAGCAACUUAUGCACGAGCAGGUGUCUCGGAUGCACGAGGUGGCGCAGCAGCACGCCGUGUGGUACGUGGGCGUGGUGCUCACCCUCUACUUCAUCGGCUUAGUGCUCAUCAUCACCAAGUCCGGCCGGUCAGAGAGACACACCGCCAUGUCCGCCCUGUCCUUCUGCUGCUCCCAGGCGGUGUCCUCUAUAGCGCGCCGCAGGGCACGCACGUGAAGCUGCUGGGAAGAUCAGACACGCUCCCCCGUAUGUGUUCCUGCGACACAUCCGGGCAGCAGUGGGCAGGCGAGACGCUGAGCUGCCGUGGUGGUGUUUGUAGCUCGUUUGUCGCGUGAAGCCACACACCAAUCUGGCUUUACUCCUUCCUCUGUGCCUCGCUGGCGACAUUGACAAACAACUUUUAUUCUUUUCUAGUCAGUAACUUUUCCUGUUGAAGGAGUUCGUGUUUUACGCAUCGUCUUCUCUCAAUUUUCUUUUGAUUUUGUACUUUUUUCCUUCUAUGGAAAACCUAAACCACUUUUGGAGACACCGGCUGUUUAGAUUAUUCUUCCAUCUGUCCGAGCGAUGACAUCAAUCAAUAGUCAAUCCAUUCCACUUCCUUUCUCUUCACUUUACUCUUAGUUUUCUUUAUCGUCGUCCUCGCCAUCUCAAUCAUCAUCCCGACCCUGCCCAUGCGUGCCCGGAGGAAGGCGCUCUCACAGUUCAGGGUGCACACACACACACACACACACACACACACACACACACACACACACACACGUCAAUGUCCUGAUGGCGUGAUUCACCUCCACGUCCCGCGGGCUGCACUAACGCCCGUCUUCCCUAAAGGAAGUCUUUGUAUUUUUAAGGAAUCAGAUUGUAUAUUGUGUGACUUUCUUAUUGUUGUGAAUUCCUCGGUGGCGACAAGGACUCGCACAUCGACAUAUGUGUCUAUAUAUAUUUUUCUGCCGUGACAACUGGAAGAUAUAAAGCUUUCAUAUUUCGC